AUGGGCUUCAAAUUCACUCAUUUGUGUGAUCUGCUGUCCAACCUGGACGAUAGCAAAACGGCCAAGGCAUCCACGGGAGCCAGGAACCAGAAUCCGGACAUUAAAACAGUCGCCCAGUGGUUUUCUCGACAUGAACGGACAAUUCAUCAUGCCGAGACAGACCGUGUGGCGUUGCUUUCGUGCAUGUUCCCCGAAAAACGAACGGACCGAGUAUACUGGCUGCAAGCCCUGCAGCUAUCUAGAGCCAUCGGGCGCUGUUUGGGCUUGGGAUCGUCGCGACUUUCCGAACUCAAUAGAUGGCAAAGUCCUGGUGGGUUUGAUCUCGGGGGGUGUGUUGAGGUUGUCAUGCGGCAAGCCGAGAAUUACAUUCCGGCCGGCCAGGAGUUGUCGGUAGAGGAAAUCGAUAGCGCCAUGGCUAUGAUUGCAUCACGUUGCCGCUUCUCUGGCCCUCUGGUCCGUCGGACUCGUACGGCUGUGGACGUUGAAGAGACUUUAUCAAAACUGUACCGCCGAUCAAGUAGCCGCGACGCCAAAUGGCUCACUCGCAUGAUUCUCAAAAGCUACUCUCCCAUCGUGUUCCCAGAACAGUAUACUCUGAAGAAAUUCCACUUUCUUCUGCCGCAACUCCUCCAGCUUCAGAACUCUUUCGAAGGGGCGUUGGAGAUGCUCGCUUCCGACCCAAUAAACCACUUCCCUCCAAACCCGGAUCCCCAAGCAGCCAAAAGUCUAAGCACCAUUGCUCUACAACAUAUGCGCCCUCGUCCUGGUAUCAAGGUGGGACGACCCGAUUACUACAAAGCCCGGAGUAUCAAACAUUGUCAUCAAAUGGCCAAUGGUCGUCGAAUGAGCAUUGAACGGAAAUACGAUGGUGAAUAUUGUCAGAUCCACGUCGACCUCUCUAACAAGUAUAGCCCCAUUCAGAUCUUCUCCAAAAGUGGCAAGGACUCAACCGCAGAUAAAGAUAAGAUCAUACCUGUGAUAGAAGAAUCGCUCCGCACUGGAUUGCCUGAUUGUAAAUUUGCGCACCGUUGUAUUGUCGAGGGAGAACUGCUUGUGUGGAAUGACCAGAGUUGUGAACCGAUGGACUUCAACAAAAUUCGGAGGUUUCUUCCACGAUCAGGCGCCAUGAUUGGCGUCGAUAAUGAUUCUCCACCACAACCGUACGAGCACUUGAUGAUCAUGUUCUUUGACAUUCUUCUCCUUGAUAACGACGUAUGCCUUGCCAAGCCUCAUCGGGAAAGACGACUACUCUUACAGAAAGUGGUGAAGAUCAUCCCAGGCCGAGCGGAGCUCGCAUAUCAGGAAGUUCUGGACUUCAACCGAGUUGAUAGCUACCAUCGGCUCGAAAAGAGUUUCGAGAAAGCAAUUACUAAACGUUGGGAGGGAUUUGUCUUGAAGGCUUCUGACGAGCCUUAUUUUCCGAUAUACUGCACUGGUGUGGAUCAUAUGUUUGGUCGAUGGAUCAAACUCAAGAAAGAUUAUAUACCCGGUCUUGGAGACACAUUAGACCUUGCGUUGAUCGGAGGUAGCUACAACACACGGGACGCUCCUGAUCUGGGGCAAAUAAAAGGGCUGAAAUGGACUCACUUUUUUGUUGGCUGUCUUCUGAACCCAGAGGAUGUCAAAGAGGGCAACGUAUUGCCACGUUUCCGAAUCAUUGAUGUGAUUAACCGACGUUGCAUGAGCAUUCAGACCAUGCAAACCCUCAAUCAAAUCGGCCAGUUUUAUGCAUGUCAACCUGAAACCUUCGAAGGCUUUCACAUCGAUUACGGGCACAAAGCGCUUCCCAUUGCAACCACCUUGUUCAAGGUCCCUUUCGUCGUCGAGAUGCUGGGCAGUGGAUUCGAAAAACCGUCUGGCGCGAGAUACUUCACACUUCGAUUUCCUCGGAUUUUGAAGAUACACUCAGACCGAACGCUGGAAGAGUGUACCUCUUUCCAUGAACUGCUGAUUGCGGCAGAACAGGCCCGGGCUGUGCCUGCGGAUGAACUGGAAGAACGCGAGAAAUGGUCAAAACGACUGAAGGUUGGGAGUGGACUUGAUCAAUAUAUUGUGCGAUCUCCAAGCCCAGAAGCGACUUGUUCAGACACGGACGAGGAGACGAAUUCCACGCCAUCCCAGGUUCCUCAGGCCACCACUACUUCUGGAGAAAGCUUUAUGGACGCGUGUCCAUUGAUGGAAGGGCUUUAUGAAGAUUCAAUAGGAAAAGACAGCCAUGGUCGAUCAUGCAAUGACCAUCCACUGUCCCCUCUAGUCUACAUCGAUGAGACAAUACUUCCCACAGAAGAUAAUAAUCCUGUUCUUGAGACUAGCAUACUUGUGGACAACGAGAACCUGUCGUCUCGUCAACAUUCCAGCCAGAAGGAUGGAAAGAUCGCAUCCCAGGAAUCUUCAGGCUUUUUACGUCCCAAGUGGGCAGCCAGUUCCAUCUCCGCACACGAAAAACACCCUCAGGAAUUACAUGAAGCGCAGGAAGGGCUUUCGGACAAGCUAUUGGUGCCUACAUUAUCCACGCAGCAACGCAAGAUGUCACCCCAAUCUCCUUUAACAACUAUCCCGAUAUGGACACCUGAAACCUCACUGGGAAGCUUUGCACUUCCUCAAAUCGAUGAAAAGCCCGGCAAUGAUCGUGAAUCUUGCGAUUUGGAUGAAUUUGUUCGGUGUCUCUGCUCUGAUGAAUCUGCUUCUUCCCUCCAACAAUCAAACCCUUGUGCCGCAUCACAGGGGACAGGAUUUGGCAUUGUCCUGUUUGACCCCAAAGCAACUCAGCUAGGAAAAGAAAUGCACCGUCUCGCAACAACGCUUUCCAGUUUCGUCCAUACUGGAACAAGUACACUCCCCUCCAUGGGAAGCAUAUUCUUUUUGGGUUCGAGCAUGUUGGAACGUGAUCUACGCCCCGAUGACCUUCGUUUCUGCCUGCGUGAUACUUGGACAGAUAUUGGACGUGAUAAUUUCUAUGGCUGUCUUUCGUGGAGUCUCAGCAAGAGAUCUGAUGGGAUAUCCAUCGGAAGAGAGAAAACCGGCUCUGAAUCGGAUCACCGUUGUUAUGGCCUGACAAAGGAGACAACAGAGCCUCCGCGCUGUGGACCAAGAAUCUCAUGGAUUGAGAUGACCUUUGAUGAAACAGCCAUUGCUGUGUUGGGCGAGUAUAUCUCGAUCGAACCUCUAGCUCAUGUUGUAUAUAAUUGA